CGUACCAAAGCCAAUGACCCCUCGCUCUUAUUCAUUGUUUCGUUCCCUCCAUAUAUUGACUUACCGCUCCCUCUCUCUCCCUCACUUCACAUCUUUACUACAAAUUUCCAGAAGCAGAAACCACAAAAAAACUCCAUUUUUCGAUAAAGGAUACAACAUCGCUUCCUAGCUAGUAUAGUGUUGGCCAAGUGAAAAAAAAAGCAAUGAAAGAAGAAAACAGCACGAGCAGAGCAUGCGAGCGGUGCAAGACGUUUGGAGAGAAGUGUAGCCACAAAGUGAAGAAACAGAGAGGCAAGUUUUACAUCCUUGCCCGUUGUAUCGCCAUGCUAGUCUGCGGGCGUGAGCGUGACCACGACCGAGACCGUGUUUCGAAUUAGACUUUUACCUUAUGCUUUAUUCUCUUCUUUUAGGGAUUGCCCUUUUCACUUCUCCCUCUAGUAUCAAACAUUUGGACUAGCGUUGCUAUUUAAGUUAUAUAUACACAUGAAUAUAUGAAAUUGAUGUAAUGCAUUCGUAGAAAUGCUUUAUUGAUUUGUAAUUUAUGUAUUUCGUUUGGC